CCGGGAAGUUCCCGGUUGAAUUCGCAAAAGCAAUUUUUCGGUGGCUACAUUUUUCGUCAUAUCUAUGCAUGUUAUAAUAUUUGCAGCAAGCAGAAAAUGUACUAAUGUAUAUCCCCAAUGAAUUUCAGACGCUGGCCACCCAAAGCAGACAUAUGCCGUGGGGUGUGCAAGCUGCUAUGUCGGUCCUAGUGCGCGGGAUGGAGAACUUCGUGACGGUCACGCCCGCCGAGUUCCUGUUCGGCUACGACGACACGCUCGUCACGCUGGCCAACAUCGCCAACACCCUGCUGCACAUCAACUGGCCCGCGCCCCGCAUCAUGUCACUGCUCAAGGGGCGAAACGGCACCCUACCUGAGGUGCACACCAUGUACACGGGACACACGUCGAGGGCCAGGAUGGGCUUGCUGGACAGGCUCAACGGCCUGGACCAUUUGCCCUUCUGGUCGGAGCCACCCUGCAACUCCAUCAAGGCGUCGGAGGGCUCCUUCUUCCCGCCGAGAGACAUCACGCACGAGGACAUCGUGGCCAUCUACGACAAGGACCUGUGCCGCGCCUUCCCGCUGCAGUACCGUGGCCUCGUCGACAAGGAGGGCAUCAGCGCGGGCUACUACACGCCGCCCGACACCAUCUUCGCGCCGUCGGCCGACUGGCCCGACAACAAGUGCUUCUGCCAGCCCGGGGAGUCGCCCACCGCCCCCUGCGAGCUCAAGGGUCUGCAGAACAUCAGUCCGUGCCACUACGAUGCCCCCGUGUUCGUGUCGUUCCCGCACUUCUGGAACGCCGACGACAGCCUACUGAGGGCCGUCGAAGGCCUGACGCCCAACCGGGACCUGCACGAGACGUUCUUCAAGAUCCAGCCAAAACUCGGCGUCACGAUGGAGGCCAAGGUGCGAAUCCAGCUCAACCUCAAAGUGGACCACGCACCCUACAUCCACUCGGUCCACACCUUCCCUGAGAUCGUGUUCCCCAUCAUCUGGCUCGAGGAGGGCGUGGACGAGCUGACGCCCGAGAUCCACCGGUGGGUGUACAUCGCCACCACGGCGGCCGACUUCAUCAUCCCCUCGGUCGAGUACUCCUUCAUCGUGGUGGGCGCGCUCACGCUGGCCGCCGUGUUCGUGCGCACCUACAAGGGCGUCGUGUUCACCGCCGAGAACCUGGAGCGCGGCAUGGAGGAGCUCCGCUGCGGCAGCCACCUGCUCGUCAACGCGGCCUCCAACGCGGCGCACGCGGCCUCGCACGCCGCGCACGCCGCCUCCAACCACCUGCACCGCGAGCAUCGCGAGCACCGCGAACAGGCCUACCACCUGCUCCGGAGCACGUCCACGGCCACGCAGUCGUCGUCGUCCGAGGCGGACGCCUCCGAGCCGGCGACGCCCAGCCCCGCAGAGGGCGAGGAGGCCGAGAGGCAGCCCAUGGUGGCGCCCGCCGCCCCGUGCCCCGUGUGAGGAGCCCCGGCUGUCCCUGGCGGCCCCCGGGUCGGGCCCGUCCCGGCUCGGCCAUCUCAUUCUAGUCGUUCAAGAACGCAGCACGCCCGCCCCUGCCCCGCGGACCCACCGCACACCGCACAACGGCGCCCUCGGCGCCCUCGGCGGCGGCCCGGCGGCCCGUCCCCGAGCUGGUCUCGGGGUGCAAGAGGACGUGCGGCACGCCUAGGCACGCCGACAGAGUCGCGGAGUGCACGGAGUGCAGCCGCAGCCCGGUGCACCGGAGGCCGCUGCAGGCCUUGCAGGCCCCUAUCGACUCCGCGAGCUGUCCUCGUCGUCAGGCCCGGGUCCCCGACGCGUUCAGUGGCGGCCGUUUCGGGCUCCGCGGACCUCAGGAGACGCGGGGAAACGUGCGCGAAACAACCGUUUGCUCAAAAAAAAUGAAAUAAACCCCCACACACACUUGUUUAGGAUUAAGUGAAUAUUCCGCUAUUCAGAAGGGAAGUGUGGGAUGGGUUGCCCACCCGCCCGGCGGUGGCAGCCGCGCCCGCAACAGUGUCGGUUGAGUUGCCUACCUCCACGGCGCGCUCGACCUCGGCAGCCUGCGCGGCAGCAUCGAGUCAACUCCCCUUCGUUAUUAUGUAGGUCACCUGAGGAGCCAAUAUGCCCCUACAAUUUCGUCUCUCUUUCUCUCUCUCAUUUCAUUUGCAUCCUACUCCCCUGUAAUUUAUGACUGGGUGUACAUGUGUGAAUGAGCGCGCUGCACGUGCAGUGCACGUGCCCUUCACAGAGUAAAAAGUCUCGUUAUUUAUUUUUUAUAUGACUACCAUUUAAGGCUCUUAGGGCGAGCAAAGGAUCAAAAUGCACAGGGCAAUCAUUGUGGAUAAAAUCUCAAAGCAAAUUAUUCAUGUACUACUGCAGUAGUACUUUUUAAAUUUGCAACUGAAAGGGGAACACGUCUCUAAGAAAAGUUGUAAGUGCAAAUCCACAUGUUCAAUUAAAGAACAUGAAAAGAUUUUUGUUGCAGUUGAUAAUGUAUUAUUACUUGUGAUUUGAAGUAUACAUGUAAGAUUGAAAUGUGAUACUUUCUGUUAUGCGACUGACGUGUUGUAUUUUUUUUUUUUAGCUUUACAUCUCACUUCCUCAUUCAUGAAUGCCUUGUUUCCCAUAGAGACUGAUAUAAAGGCUGUAGUGAAGUUAGCUUAUGAAACAAGACAGCGCAAGUCCUUAAGGAAGUGGAUGAAAAAGCUGUGCUUAAGUGCUCAAUCUUUGUUACCCAACUAUGCGCUCAUUGUUACCAUGUGUGAAGAAAAUAAACUUAGUACAUCAAAAACUCA